CCAUUUAGCCAUGGCGGAUGGGUACGCAUUCCUAUGAUUAGAGGCCUGUCGUUUCCCAUUUAAGGUCGGUGUCGCUCUUUAAAACAUGAAAUUGCACGCCUCUUCCUUUCUCGCGGAUCACUCCGAUCUCUGAACAGUCCGAGGAUUAACAAUGCCUGCCCAUGACCAAUCAUCACCACCAACACCGUCAAAACCGAAUCCAAAGCUCCUAUCCCUCUUCCUUAAGGCCAUCAUCAUGACCCUCCUCACCUCUCUCUUCUUCCUCUUCCUCGGCCUUGCCUCCGCCGUCUUGCUCCUCCUCCAUAUUUCCCUCUCUUCCCAACGCCACCGCCGCCCUUCUCUCCCCUCCACCUCUUCUUCUGGGCUACCCCCCAGAGACCUCAACACCCUCCCCUACUUCAGAUUAAAGCGGCACGCCACGAAGAACGGCGCCGCUGAAGAUGAAGAUUGCGUGGUCUGCCUCGAUUCCUUCAGGGACGGUCAGUGCUGCAGGAAACUCUCGGCUUGCGGUCACCUGUUCCACAAGCGGUGCGUGGACUCGUGGCUCGUCAAGGUAGCCGCCUGUCCGAUGUGCCGGGCACGUGUUCAAUCAAAUGUGGGAACGAAGGGUUCCAUGGUGGGUUUGGAGGAGGAUGGGGAUAAGAAGCUUUGGAGGAUUUGGUAGGCUUGUAAUUAUUGUAAGUUCUUGUAACUCCGAAAUUAUAUACUGCAUUAAUUUUUGUUC